AUGGCUUCUAUUCAAUCGCCAUUUACACUAAAGACCCUCCCCAUAAUUCAUCUAAACGGCUUCCCAGGCACGUGCAAGCUUACUAUCGCGAGGGCUCUGCAACAGCAGCUCGGUCCAUGCUGCCGGCUACUGCACAACAACCUGCUCAUAGACCCUGCGGACGCGGUACUGCACCGCUCUGAGGCAGGCUACCAAGGUCUACGGCGCGAUAUUCGCAAAGCCAUCUUGACGUCGCUGGCCGAUAGUCCAGUCAGUCUAAACUUCGCCUACGUUUUCACCGACUUCCAAUCCAACGCUGACGUAGGAAGCGCCGUUUGUACCGAAUAUCUCGAAACGGCGCGUGAUCGCGGCGCAGCGCUGAUGUCCGUUGUCGUGACCUGCGAUGAAGCAACCGACAUAGCCCGUACACAGUCUGCUAAUCGCAAGGCGCAUCGCAAGAUCGUCGACCCGGGACUACUACGCAUGUUCCGUAACGACGUCAGAAUCCAUCGCUUUGAUGAUCCCUUGAGAGAAAGCACUGGAAUGAUAAUGGCUUAG